GAACUUGGGGAAUGUGGAAUGUGUAUCAUGUUUGGUCUAGGAAGUGCGGAGUGCAAUAAAAAAUUUGGAAUGUUAAAAUUAGAUCACUAGCCAAAUUUAAUCAGCCACAAGCCCACAGAUGUUGAUAUACCUAUGCAGGAUAAGGUUAUCAAUUCUAAUUAGGCUGUCGUAUGUUCUCUGUUCAUUGGGGGUUUUGUAUUAUAUAUAUGAGGCAUACAGCUAUGACAGUACUAAGAAGAUACUGUUGUGGUGGACACCUUUUAUGCCAAAACAAGACAGAUUGAUUAAAUGCAAUAAGAAAGAAUAUAAAUGUUUAAUAAGUAGCAAAAGGGAAUAUGCUAGUGAUCAUAGAUUGGGUGCAGUUUUAUUCUAUGGAAGUAAAAUCUUAAAUUAUGAUUUUCCAUUACCAAAAGAUGAUAAGGUGCCUUGGGCUAUUUUUCAUGAAGAGUCGCCAAAAAAUUAUGCACCAUUUUUGUAUAAGGAGACACAAGACUUGUUCGACAUUGCUUCUACAUUUAGCCAACACAGUGACCUUCCCAUAACCUUGCAGUAUUUAAAAAACUUCAGCAAUUUAAUAGACAAAAGAUAUUUCAUCUCCCUAAAGAAUAAGAAUAAAUUGUUAGAAGAUAUUUCUCCAGUAUUAUAUAUACAAUCCGACUGUGAUACCCCUAUAGGAAGGGAUUAUUUGGUUAAGGAACUAUCCAAAUAUAUGCAAAUUGAUAGUUAUGGCAGCUGUUUAAAAAAUAAGAACUUUCCAUUGGGAUUAUCUGAGCUAUAUCCUUUGGAUGUUUACAACGAAAAGUAUAUGGAAUUUAUAUCAAAAUACAAAUUCAUAAUUUCAUUUGAAAAUGCAGCAUGUAAAGAUUAUGUAUCUGAAAAAUUUUGGAGGCCGCUAAUAGUGGGCAGCAUACCCAUAUAUUUUGGAGCAACUAACAUUAAAGAAUGGCUUCCCAACGAAAUGUCAGCCAUUUUGGUAGAUGAUUUUAGAGAUAUGGGAUCACUUGCUGAUUUUAUAAAAAAAGUUAAUGCAAACGAUACACUUUAUUCCAGUUUUUUGGAACAUAAGCUUUCAGGAAAAAUAAGUAAUGAACGCUUGAAGAAGGAAAUCCUUACAGAACAUCCUAUACCAGAGUUUGAGUGUUACGUCUGUACACAAAUACACGAAAAUCGAAAUUUUAAAAGAAGAAAUAUGAAUGUCUAUGAUUGCCCCAAACCAGUUCCUAGAGAUACUGAAAAAAAUACGUGGGAUCAACAUUGGGAUAUAGGCAGGUGUCAGUCUAAGGCAUUACAUAUGCUAGUAGGCAAAAAUGAGUUAUUCAGUGAAGAGGUUUUUGAAGAAACAUGGAAAAAUCUAUAUUACAAUAGGAAUUGUUAUUUGUAGAAUAUUUUAGAACUGAUUAUUAGAUGUUACAAAGUUCAUAUGAGGUUACUUGAGAAGGUAAUAAGUAAAAAAGGUUUCUUGCUACUAUCACAAGCGUGGGCACCGUUCACCACUGUUUCAAGGUGGUUACAUCUACCUUCUUGCAAAUUUUACAACGCCAAUCUGUUUUAAAAUGUCUUAUAUAAUUUUUUUCUCGAUAGAUAGUAUUUUCAUGUUCACUUUCGUCGAACAAUAGACUGUUUUUUUUAUUCAUUUGAUGAUAAUUUGAUCUUAAUCUAGUCUAAGUAUGAAAACCUGCGAUUUUUAAUAUUUUUAUCACUUAUUUUUCAACGUAGAUCCAUUUUUUGCUCAAAGUAUUAGGCAAGAUGCUUUUAUAUCUGUUUUAUACUUUCAAAAAUGUAUUUUUUUUUAUCAUUCGUUAUAAAUUAUCCUCUUCCGAGCCAUUUUUAUGUUUGAGACCAUGAAAUAGCCACAUUGCGCUAAAACUAGGAAAUAUGAUGGAUGUUUGAUAAAUUCGUAUUCCAAUUGCUCUAAUGUUGUCUGUGCAAUGGUUACUAUGUGAGUCGAUGCGUAGCGUUGAAUAAAGAGAAUAGUUUUGCGUGAUAACGCUUCCAAUUUGUAUUUAUCGUAAGACUUCGUCCCUUUUAGCUAACAUUUAUUAUUAUUAUUUGGAAUUAAAUACAAAAUAAAAAAAAUAUUUGUUAUCU